UAUUUUAGGAGCAGCAAGAAGCGGUCACGCUUGUGCAGCAACAAUUUUUUUGUUUCGCAGUUUGUUUGUGAAGUGAAAAUUUAAAAAAACACGACGACUGCGGUGACAGCACGAUUUCCCCUGCUGCUGACGAGAUCGAGCCAGUCCAACAUGUCGCAACAACGCGCCACGGAGCAAAAUGCAGCCAGCAGCAACAACAACGGCGAUGUGAUUACGGUGGACGACGACGACGAGGAUGAGGAUGUGCAGUUUGUGGGAAUUGUGCGACCCAGCACCACAAUCAUCGAUCUCUGCCUGUCGCCCUCCACUUCCGCGGCGGCGGCUGCUGCCCGUUCCGGAAACGGAGGUGCAGAUGAUCCGGGAACAGGAUCCGGAUCAGGAGCUGCUGCAGCGACUUCCGCUCCCAACUCCCCUGCUUCAUCAGCCGGAGAUGCGGCGAAAGCCAUCGACGUAGAUGCAGCUACAGCAAUAAGUAGCGGGGAUUCCCCUUCCACAGCGGCUGCUGCCUUGGAGUGUCCAAUCUGCCUGCAAACCUGCAUCCAUCCAGCUCGUCUCCCCUGCGGCCACAUCUUUUGCUUCUUGUGCGUUAAGGGCGUUGCUUACAAAAACCGACGAUGUGCUAUGUGCCGCCGCGAAAUUCCCGCCGAGUUCCUGGACCAUCCCCAGCUUGUGAAUGGCAUUGAGGACAUCUGCACUACUCGUGCGACCGAAGAUGGCUACCAGUGGUAUUACGAGGCAGAAAUGGGUUGGUGGCAAUACGAUGACCGCACAAGUCAGGAUAUCGAAGACGCCUUUAAGAAGGGCGACAAAUCCUGCACCAUUCUGGUAGCGGGAUACGUCUACAUUGUGGACUUGGAGCAGCUGGUCCAACAGCGUCAAAACGAGCCCACUCGCUGCCGCCGGGUUAAAAGAGAUCUGGCCACCAUACCCAAAAAAGGCGUGGCCGGUCUUCGGAUCGAAGGCAACCAGGUGACCAGUGACACCAUCUUUAGCAGACCAGCCACCACAGCCAAUUCAGCCACCGUGGCGGCAGCUGCCUCCAGUUUUAUAUCCACCAUUGCGGCGACGGAUGCUGCAAUCAGGAUUGCUAGCGAUAUAAUCGGCUCGACGCUGGCGCAUGCGGACGAGCUCACACGGGGAUUUGCAGCUAGUAACAUCAGCGACGAUCCGAGCAGCAGCAGCAGCGGUGAGCAAACCAACUCCACAAACCCACAGGAAACAGGGCGCUCGCCUGCCUCCUCACCUGCUUCGAGUUCCAUGCAAGACCUGAUUACGCGGGACCUCAGGAACACCCAACAGGUGAUCGCCCACAACCAACACACUAUUGAUCUCUUCGAGCAGGCCUUGAACGACUUCCAGGCGCUUGCUAUGCGCAACUAUGUGGACUCCAGCGAUGAGGAGGAGAACGACCAGGAUCAGGAGCAGGACCUGCGAGAACGGGAGCAGCUGGGGGCGGGCGAGCAGCCACAGUCCGGCGAUAAUCCACAGGGAUUCUAGAAGUUACCCACUUUACCGAAAGCUUACACUAUUGCUAGCUCAGCCCAUAAACUUAAAAGCAGAUCAAUGUUCCUUUUAGCAGAAUUCACUAAACGGAAAGGGGAAUGUUAACUAGAGAAAUGCAGCGCGUACCUGAGAAUAUAUCAACUAA